AUGGGCCGCAGAAGUUUCCUGAAAAUGGUAGCAUUUGUUUCGUUUCUAUUGACAGUUUUUGGAAGUGACCCAGAUAUCAUUUCAGACUUCAUUUUCUUACCAGCCCUAAAUGGUACCACCAAUGUUACUGCCGACUUCUUCGCAUUUAAAGGGCUGCGUGAAGUGUUCCAAAGCGAGGAGCCACAAAAAUUCAAGGCCACGAAGGUGACAGUGGCGGAGUUUCCGGCGCUGCUAGGGCAGAGCGUGUCGGCGGCGGUGCUGGAAUAUCCGGCCGGCAGCGUGAAUCCGCCGCACACCCACCCGCGCUCGGCGGAGCUUCUGUUCGUUUUACAAGGCAGCCUCACCGUGGGCUUCGUGGACACCAAGAAUCAGCUCUUCUCUCAAUCCCUCCAAGUCGGCGACCUCUUCGUCUUCCCCAAGGGAUUGGUCCACUUUCAGUUCAAUUCCGACUCCUCCGCCGUCGCCGCCACCGCUGUCUCCGCCUUCGCCAGCGCCAACCCCGGCACCGUCUCCCUCCCGGCCACGGUGUUCGCCGAUGGAAUUGACGACAAUGUCCUCGCCAAGUCCUUCAACACUGACGUCGCUACUAUUCAGAAAAUCAAGGCCGGUAUUGCUGCACCUCAUUAG